AGCGGUUCUGGCUCGGGCGGCCCGGCCAGAGCGGCACCACGGCCGUCGGCGUGCGGCGGAGGAGGCCGCUCGCCGUGCGGUCCCCCCGCGGGCCUGCCAGCGGGGGCGGGGGCGUCCAUGCUGGACGUCCUGGGUGCCGCGUUCGUCGUCGCCGUGGCGUGGCGGGGCAUGCCGUGCAGCGGCGGCAGCUGCUCAGGGUGCUGCCGCCCGAGGGCCGGGGAGGAGGUGCCACCGCGGCCCGCGCCGCGGGCGGGGCGGGCGGGCGCCGCCGCGGGCCGGCCGCGCCAGUACUCUGCGAGCGGCCCGUCGGUGGUCGGGCGCACGGACCAGCCGCUGCCUGGCAGACGGAACGCGAGCACGAGGUUCUCGAAGGCCUCGAGGGAGCUGGACCAGGCCGAUGCGCCGCUAUGGUGGUUCGAGAAGAAGGCGGCCUCGGAGAUGGGUAUGCGACGACCGAUCCGCUGACAGAUCGCUUGUGCGCGGGCCCGUCCCCGAGAGGUUCCGCGCUGUGGAAUUGAGCCCUCGAUCGCCGACAACCUCUGGUCGAGCUCGGGUCCCUGCCGCCGCUCCCGAACUGCACGUCGCUCUCAAAGUACUUGCGCGGUGCAUUGCCAGAUCGGUGGCCACGUGAUGCUAAGCUCUGGCUUGUACCCAUCGGGCCGAAGCUCUGCAGGCUUGCCACAUCUGACCUGUGUGCUCUCACAGCGGAGGGACAAAGAAGACAUCAGCGUCACAGUCGUCAUGGAGACCGUCAAUAGCCCACUCCAUCGCAGCGAACGCUGUGCCAAACUAGUCUGUUCUCCGCCCGCAUGUGCUUGCUUGGGCUAACCAGGUCCAGUGGCCCAUUUCUGGCCCUGCUCUCCGGAUCCACACUGCGCCUUCUCGGGCCGUCUUGGGUCGUCCAGAUGCUGUCAGGGGGCCGUCUUGGAAGUGUAGUGCGACCGUGUUGGGUCCCUCGAGGAACAUCGAGCGGCAUAGACAAGAGAUC